AUGAACUACACGAACUAUUCUUUUGAUCCAAAUCGAUCGAUGGAGACGUCAUUCUCUCAAAUGUCAUUCAAUCAGGGACAACAGCAACAACCGAACAUGUACACUAAUAAUAAUAAUAAUAACAAUACGGCAUAUAAUAGUCAGAUCAACUAUAGGGUCCCAUCUUAUCAGUUUCAACAACCCAUAAAUAAGCAAGCCUCGUGGGAUAACACUAUGAAUAACGGCAGAAAUGAAAUGGAAGAUAAGAAACUGCAAGAGAAGUUAAAUGUUAAAGAUAUACAAAUCGAAUCAUUGGAGAAUGAGAUACAGAAUUUGAAAAAAAUAUUACAGCUUAAUCCAAACGGGACGAGGAAGGGUGAUGAUGACAAAAUAAGUAAACAUUAUGGUCCUAUAUUUACUAAUCUCGUUAGCAGUCUGUUAGAGAGAAAUGAAGAAUAUGAGUCCUUGAAGAGAGAUUAUGAAGAACUAUAUCUUAAAGUGGCGAUGAAUUUGGAUGGUAGCAAUUCAAUAACCAAAGAUGGGAGAUACGAUACAGAGACGAUUGCACAUAAGAUGUUAAUUAGAUUUGAAAUGUUGACAAAAGAAAAUAGUAGAAUGGCUAAGAUGUUGUCUUAUGGGAGGCCGAUGGAGACAGACAUCGAAUUACAAUUAGUGGAGAUGGAAAACCAAGAAUUAAAAGAAAGGAUAAAACAGUUGGAAAUGAAAAAAUAA